CUUACACAUACAAGCACUGAGAUGGCAGCUGACCAGAGAAAAGAACCAGGCGUUGUGAUUAAAGACAGCUGGUCAGGUUACAGUUUGGAGCUGUUUAAUUAUCCUGAGCAUUAUCGGGGUGAUCUGGAGUGUGUGUACAUCCCUCAUGGAGUCAUUAUGAACAGGAUUGAGUGUCUGGCCAGAGACAUCCUUGAAGACAUCGGACAUCAUGAUCUGAUGGUUCUGUGUGUUCUGAAGGGAGGAUAUAAGUUCUGUUCGGACCUGGUGGAGUCCAUUAAAGCUCAGAGCCGCAGCGCCAACAGAAGACUUACCACCAGAGUAGAGUUCAUCCGCUUCAAGAGCUAUAUGAAUGACCAGUCCACUGAAGAUAUGCACAUAAUUGGACCAGAUGACCUCUCUGUGCUGAAAGGCAAGAAUGUCUUGAUUGUGGAGGCAAUAGUGGACACAGGAAAGACCAUGAGAGCCCUUCUACAGCACGUGGAGACUUUCCAGCCCAAAAUGGUUAAAGUUGCAGGUCUUCUGGUGAAGAGGGUUCCUCACGGGGCGGCGGAGCUCCCAGACUAUGUUGGAUUUGUCAUUCCUAAUCGUUUUGUGGUGGGUUACGCUCUAGACUACAACGAGUACUUCAGAGACCUCAAUCACAUCUGCGUCAUCAGUGAGACGGGGAAGCAGAAAUAUAAAGUGUGACAAAACUCCUUUCAAGAGGAAUGGACAUUUCUAUUACCAUAACAGAUGAAAACCUCGUUGUGACAAAAGAUUACUGUAACACAUGCUGAAUUAUGUUUGAAAUAUAAUAUAAUAUGUUUUGCAUGUAAGUCACAUCGCAAUACUAACAUGAUAUGAUGUGGAAAA